GGGGUCCCGUUACCGUAACGAACCUCCACUCUACGGCGCAGCUGUGGCGUCACCUGGAAGUAGUCCUGCUGGGCGGGAUGACCGGAACAACAAGAUGGCGGAGAGUGAAGAGUUUCGGAUGCUUAAAGGUCACAUAUACUGAGGAAUUGUAAGGAAAAAGGAUAUGCACAUAAGGACAAUCCAGCAUGGAGCAUUAUAUCGAAGGGAGUCAGUCCUGUAACACAGACUUCAGCCUGUUGAGUGGUGGAACAGCCCUGUGGCACGACACCAAACCCAGCAUGAAUCUCCAGCAGCCAGCACCUCUCAUCCCCCCCGUCCACCCAGAUGUGCAGAUGAAGCCCCUCCCCUUCUAUGAUGUGCUGGAUGUCCUAAUCAAGCCUUCAAGUCUAGGAGCGAGUCCUGCACAGAGAUACCACCAAGAAAAAUAUUUCAUCUUUGCCUUGACACCACAGCAAGUUCGUGAAGUAUGCAUAUCCAGGGACUUUCUACCAGGUGGCAGAAGGGACUAUAUGGUUCAAAUUCAACUGAGGUUUUGCUUGUCAGAGACAAGUUGCCCUCAAGAGGAUAACUACCCAAACAGUCUUUGUAUAAAGGUCAAUGGGAAACUUUUUCCUUUGCCAGGUUAUGCACCACCACCCAAAAACGGCGUGGAACAGAAGAGACCAGGAAGACCUUUAAACAUUACCUCCCUUGUUCGACUCUCAUCUGCGGUACCCAAUCAGAUUUCAGUCACAUGGGCACCUGAAAUUGGAAAAACCUAUUCUAUGUCUGUGUACCUGGUGAGACAGCUGACAUCACCACUGCUCCUGCAGAGGCUCAGGAUGAAGGGCAUCAGAAACCCAGACCACUCCAGAGCACUAAUUAAAGAGAAGUUGACAGCCGAUCCAGACAGUGAGAUUGCUACAACAAGCCUUCGCGUCUCACUCAUGUGCCCGCUGGGUAAGAUGCGACUUACGGUGCCAUGCCGGGCGGUGACCUGCUCUCACCUGCAGUGUUUCGACGCUGCCCUCUACCUGCAGAUGAAUGAGAAGAAACCCACGUGGAUCUGUCCUGUGUGUGACAAGAAGGCUGCAUACGAGAGUCUCAUCAUUGAUGGUUUAUUCUUGGAGAUCCUGAAUGACUGCUCCGAUGUGGAUGAAAUCAAGUUCCAGGAGGAUGGAACCUGGUGUCCCAUGAGACCAAAGAAAGAGUCAGUCAAAGUCCCCUCUCAGUCAAUUCCAAAAGUUGAGACCUCAGCUCCUUUACGCCAGUCUUCAGUGGUCACCAACUCUACGGAGCCCAGCUCCACCAAGAAGGCGGAUGUGAUUGACCUGACUCUGGAAAGCUCCUCCUCCUCCUCCUCUUCCUCUGAUGAAGAGGACACAGACCCUCCACUGAAGAAACGCUGCGUUUACAUUUCCAAGAGCGAGGAUAUGCAUGCGAAGGGGGUGUUGACCUACCAGCCCACUGUGCGCGUGCCAAACGUCCAGGCCCUGGAUCCAUCGUAUCUGACCUCUACGCUCGCUGACUAUGCAGUCCCCUUCCACCCAUCCACCCUAGCCACCAUCCCAACAGACAUGCAGAGUCUGGAUUUGUUUUCCUUAAUUCAAGCAGAUCCUCAGCAUUACCGGCCACAGAUGUUUCUGGACAACCUGACGAGCAGCAUGCAGAGUGCAGCCGCAGCCAGCACCAGCUCAGCCCUGGUGUCCUCCUCCAGCAGCCACUACGACACCAGCAGCCACGCCGCCAGCUCCCUCCACGAGACCCGGGUCAUCACAGGGGGAGGGGGCGCUGGAGGAGGGGCUGACAGCGGCAUAUCAGAUAUAAUUUCACUAGACUGAGCCACGUCUCACUGGACCUUUUCAGGCCUGUUUUCUGUGGCCUUUUUAGUGCGGACUAUGUGUACAUGCCAUGUUGAGUUUUACACAAGAGCACCCAGAUUGGUAUACAUGAGUUCUUUGCUGGCCUGGAAAAUUUCAUGAUGUUAAAAAACUGUAUCCAGGCAUGUUGUUUUUUUUUUUUUUUAUACUUGCAAAUGGGUUUGGCAUCCUAUCUGCUAUGGUAGGACGAUAAAUGGUUUGAUGCCCAAGGACAAUAUUGUAUGUCAGUGUAUUGUCAUUUCUCUUGAAGUACUCUUGACUUUAACAUUUCAUUCGGAUUCUGAUUUGGAAAUAUUCUCGUGUGCUGCCAUACUUACCUUAAUCACAUUCGAUCUAAACAAUGGGAAGGAUUUAGCAUUGGUUAAGUCCAAUUUCCCCUGGUGUUUUAGCCUUGGUUUAGUCCAAUAUUCCCUGGUAUUUCAGCCUUGGUUUAGUCCAAUAUUCACUGUUGUUUUAGCCUUGGUUUAGUCCAAUAUUCCCUGGUAUUUCAGCCUUGGUUUAGUCCAUUGUUGCCAGGUAUUUCAGCCUUAGUUUAGUCCAAUAUUCCCUGGGGCACGUUCAACCCUGACAAAACAGCAAAACGUUUAUUUAAACUGAAAUGUAAUUGUUUAGUCCAAUAUUUUCCCAUUGUUAUAGCAUUGGUUUAGUCCAAUAUAUCCCCAGUGUUUUAGAAAUUGGUUUAGUCCAGUAUUUCUCCAUUGUUUUAGCCUGGCUUAAGUCCAACAUUUCCCCAGUGUUUAACCUUGUUUUAGUCUCUGUAUCCCUCUGGUUGCUCUCUUUACCCACCACUCAUAGAGUCUGCUCUGUGCCAUUGUGUGCCAUGCAGGGAGCAGACGCUCGGUGGUAUCAGUGGAACUGGCAAUCCUUUCAUGUUACAGGGAGUCAUUUUAUUUUAGUCUUCAUAUAAAAAAUAUUGCCCGGGGAACUUUAAUCAGUAGUAUGCCAUCAUACAGUAUCAUUAUGACAUGAGCAGCUAGUCUUUUGGCCUCCCAUAUAUAGGUGUAGAAAUAUUACAAUAACUCUUCCAUGCUCAGCUCUGUAGAGGUCUUCCUGGCAGAAAGAUGUCUGUUAUACUUUUUUCCCCCAGUUGUUCCAGUGUUGGAAAUAUUUAGAGCAUUGAGCUCCUCAUUUAUACCGAUUUGUUUCUUUGAACAUACACGUGACUCUGACUUCAGCCUCUCCUGGCCUGGUUAGCAUGGAGCAGAGUCAGGACGGAUGGAAGACGAGCGUGAACUCACUGCUCUCAGCAAGACUUUGUUUCACACAACAACCAUGCAAGCAAACUAACGGUUAGAUGAGAGACUGAUAAACAUACUGUUGACUGUGAACAUGGUCGGCAGGUCAGUAAUUGAGAUGUUUUCAUUGGUUCUAACAGCUGUCAGUUCUUCAGUGAGGUUGAUUACAGGGCAGCUUUCAUGGCAAACCAAUGUAAAAUGUUCCUUUUGUCAUUUAGUCAGAGCAAUAAUUUAACUCAUGUUAGGUUAAAUAAAGUUGUCAAUGUAGUUCAGAUGCUGCAUAAAUGAUUCUAAGAUGGUAUGCUCUGCCUCCCAAAUUGGAUCCCUUUUUUGUGUAUGGUGGUUUAUUGGCUUAUAUAAGUUGUAAACAUGAUUUUGAAGAUAAAUAUACUUAAAGCAAUAGUUCAAAACUCAGGCGAUUAUGCUCAUUUGCGGUGAUUGAGAUGUUCAGAUGGAUAUCAAUCUAAUGUCUGUAAGUACAGACCUGGAGUCAGGGCAUGGUAAGCCUAGCUUAGCAUGGCUGGAAGCAGGGCUCUGUCCUACCAACACCUCCAAAGCUCACUGAUGAAUAUGUCCCAUUUGUGUGCUCCUUACACAAACGGAAAUGUAUGAACUACAGAUUGUGUUUGCCCCGAGCUAGCGGUCUCCUCCUCUGUCCAGUCUUUAUGCUAAGCUAGGCUAACCACGUCCUGACUCCAGCUCUGUGCUUAAAACAGACAUGAGAUUAAUAUUCAUUUUCUCAUCUUAUGCUCAGAAAGAAAGUCAACAAGUUUAGUUCCCAAAAUGUUAACUGUUCCUUGCUUCCAUCAGUUUUGACUCUCAUACAAAUCAACUUUAUUAGUUUACACUGAAAUUAAUUUUGUGUUCCCGAGCAGCUCUGCUCCAAAAAAAAGAAAAGUACACACGUUAGACAAGCAUGAGGCGGUUCAGUGAAUUUGAACAUAAUGUGAAUGAAAGAGUAUGUUUGCCUCUAAGUUGGUGCAAAAUAUCCGAAAAAGUUCAUGCUGCCAAAAGUCAGAUUAUGUUCUCUUCAGUUAAUAUUUAAAAGUCCUCUCUGUAAUUCCUCUGAGCGCUGGCCUCUGCUGUAUUUGGACUUUGUUGUAUGUUGAUGAUGCUGUGUGUUAGUUUGGGAUGGAUGUACAUGAACAUUUCCUUUCUCAAAGUUGUCACCACUUAGUAAGAUAAAGAAGGAUACACAGGGCAGCUACUGUAUCACACCUACAUUAUCUUAUCUGGACUGCUUGCUGUGCAUGUGGACUGACGGCCAUCAGGAGCUCAAUCUCAGGGACCUACACUCCACUUUUCUGGGCUUGACGGACUGAGUGAAUUAAAAUACCGGUGCAUAGAAACAACAGUUAAAAUCCCUGACUGAAAUACAGAUGGUGAUGUAAAGGUUAGGCUAAUGUAUAACAUCAAUGUAUCUGUUUAAUUCAAUCAUGCUAAUGACUGUUGGCAGUUUCCAUGUUAAGGCUGUGAUAACAGUUCACCCAAAUUACAAAACACAAACUCACUUAGCUUUAGUUGUAUCCCAUUUAUGCGGAUGGUUUUAGUUUAUGUGAACAGGUUUUGAGAUGUCUGUCUCUGAGAUAUCACUCACUUGGAAAUCAGUUGACAAAUGACAUUGCAAAAAUUCAACACAUUUUUUCCAGAAGCAGUUUCCCUGUUAGUCUGGAGACAAUCUUGAUUAGAACUAUGGAAACAGAAUCCCAUUCUCUUCCAUUGUAUUGGGGUAGAGGCAGGAAUCUUAAAACCCAGACUAUAUCUGCAUGUAGAGAUAGCGCUGGUGGGAGGUUAGAAAAUAUGAUUUUGUAAUUUUGGUGAACCAACCCUUGAAGUAAAAAAAAAACAUCCGAUAGAAGAAACCCUGCAUUAGUGUUUGCAUAGAGGUCACUGCUUUGUGGAAUUACUGAUUAGUAGGGUUGGGGAUCGAGAACUGAUUCCUAAUCGGAAUCGUUUCAAAAAUUACGAUUCCAUUGGAAUAGUUUCUUUAUUGGAAUCGUUUGGAGGAUUUGGUUUCAAAUCUGAUCAUAGGUUCCAAAUUUAAUAUGCGCAAGUUUUGGUUUCCGUAGAAGCCAGGCACUUGUUGUGUUGUACAGUAACCGGAGCUCUAGUGUGGCUUUAUUUUGCAUUGUAAAAGCUGUAAAACUGCAACCCACCUAUGAUUCAAAAUAAAACUUUCCUCUUAUUUGUGAAAUAAGCAUCUAACCCGUUUCAACUCCACCACUCAAAGAAUCGGAAUCGAGAAUCGAUAAGAACCGGAAUCGAAAGGAAGAAUCGGAAUUGGAAUCAGAAUCGUUAAAAUCCAAACGAUGCCCAUCCCUACUGAUUAGACGUUUGACUCCGUCUCUAUUCACCUGCGGCCAGAUGUUGGUGAUGUGGAUAUUUCUUUAUUUUGUACUCUUCACACUUUAUGGGCUUUGAAACACAACCCAGAUCACUUGGACCUUUCUCUUGUGACACCAUGUUAACAGACUCCGAGAAAAGUACUCACGAGGUUUAUAACAAGAUGGUUUAUUACAAAAUUGUCUUUGUUUUCCUGUAUCUGUAAACUUGCAGCAUUUUAAAUUGUGGUACCAUG